UAUGACAUGGCUCAUAUAGAUUGUUACAAAUUUGCAAAUGUGAUGUUGGAAAAUCAGUAUAUUAUAGCAGUAUUAAUACAGUAUAUUAUAGCAGCAUAUGGUGUUGUUAAAGGGCAUCAUUCCAUCUAAUAUAUCUUAUAGUCUUUUAGAUCAUUCUGAAUAUUUAACAAACCAAUUCAGGCCAAGUGGAAGGAUAUUAAACAUGUCUUGCUUAUUCUAUGGGCUUCCUACAAUCUCAUUAAUUAGUAUCCUUUUUGAAUUUAGAAACAAUGUGGAUCCUUCGAAAAGUCCAAGAGAGUGCCGAGAGCUUUCCGGUGGAGAUAACCCGACUUUUGAGUAAAAACUCAGAUGAGAUCUCAGCCAAGGCAAAUCUUCUCAACAAACUCCACAGCAAUGUCCUGACACCAGAUAAAAUUCCAGAUUUCUUCCUGCCUCCCAGGCUGAGUAGACGCUCUCUAGUUACAGUGGAGGGCAUCGUUUCACACUGCCUUGGUGAAACUGGAGCCAACUGCACUCAGACACCUCAACCAAAAUCUGACACAACUACUACAGUGAUGAAGACAGAUAAAAACAAGGGCACCAGGGUGGGCAUGAGGGGCCACCUAAAGCCAAUUCCGUUUUCACUUAAAAACUAUGAGUCUGGUUUGUUCGAGAGUCCAAACACUCGGCGCAAAGAGUCAUUGUUUCACUCUGCAAUUUCCAGCUACACACUUGAGCGGGUGACCAAUAGGGCGUUGCCAAAACUGCCCUCCAUUGCACUGCUGAAAGUGGGUAGUGUGGAGAGUGACACCAGUUCGUCUGCUGAUUCCUCUCCUCACAGCUCACCACCUCCGAUCAGGAGCAAACCUGAGACCAUUUCGAUGACACAUUCAUCAUCGAAAGAAUCUCUCCAUAAAGAUGAUUUACUGAGCCCAAAAAACACAGAUGACAAGAUCAAAUUGGCAAGAGAUAGCCAUGUUGCUCAACCUGCUACCUCAUCUUUAACCCCACCUCUUCAAUUCCCACUCGACAUGCUCCAUUGUCAGGAAUGCCUCCAUAGUGAGCACGUCCUCCUCCUCCCACGCAGGGGCUGCAUUCGUCUCUCUGCCUCUCAUGCCAACAUGGAUGGAGAUCUAUCCACCAUUCGAAUUCGGGUGGUCUCCGUGGAGGACAUGCGUGAACCUGGUGACCUCCGACCACUGCACUGUGGACUCACCUUGAGCCUGAGUCCAGGCAAGCUGCAGCGACAGCACAGCGCUAUCAUCAGGAACUGCCGCAACCCCGUGUUCAACGAGGACUUCUUCUUCACAGAACCAGAGGGAGAGAAGCAAGGACUGAAGAACUUUGCUCUCAGGGUGAAGGUGCUGGAGAAGAACUCUGGUCUGGGAAGGGCUGCAGUGCUCGGGGUUAUCAUCAAGCCACUCACUGAGCUACUAGCACUGUAAAAGCAAUACUACAAGUCAUCUUUCCACCAUGAAACUCUAUGUGCUUGACUUGAUUUUGAUAGUCAGAUCAUUUUGACCUGAGAGUAAAAUGCUGUUUUUUGUUUUGCUUUUAAAAAAGACCAACCAGCAGGAAACAUUGCUGCUUCAUAGCUCCAGGGUCCUGGGACUGAUCCUGAGCUUGGGUUAUUAUCUAUGUCCUCCCUGUGUCAUGUGGGUUUCCUCCUGGUUCUCCAGUUUCUGGUAGGUGGAUUACUAAAUUGGCCCUAGGUCUGAAUGUGUGUGGGGGUCCAUUCAAGGUGUGUCCACCGUUCCCAGGAUAGGCUCCACGUGACCCUGACCAGGAUAAAGUGCUUACUGAAGCUGAAUGAAUGAAUGAAUGAAUGAAUAUUUGCAAUCAAAAGAAUCAUGAAUUAGAUUUUUAAAAACUUUUUCUCCAUAAAUAUUGCUUAUACUGUAUUAGUAAUACCAGAGAUAAUGAUGAUAAAUUAUACAUUAUACGCUAGCUUCAAAUAUAUCUCACAUAAGACAACAUUAAUCAGACGUACAAUAGAGAAAGUGUAUUACUACCUUAAACAUGUAGCUGUAAAUAAUCUAAUUGAUUGUUGACUUUGCUCUUGUUGCAAUGUAUUUAAACAUAUUGAAAGGGAAUUCAAGUAUGUUACAUCGUGAUGUCGUGUGACAUCUAAUGUCUAAUAUGUUAGCGCAUUUCCAACAGUAUGGAUAUGAUGCUUGAAUUCGUAUUUAAUUGCAAAGCAUCAAAAUGCAUAUCUGGUCAUGUGACCUUUUAAGGCGUACACAGACGAAUAUUCAAAGCUAGAAUAUUGAUGUAUUUAUGGAUAGCUGUUUGCGAAUGUUAUGAAUGUCACAAUGUAUUUUGGGGGGAACGACAAAUAUUAAACUCAUCAUGCAUAUAUAAUUAUGAGAGAUUCGAUUGAACCCAUAGUUUGUGUAUAUUGAAAAGUGUGUAUUUUGUUGCUUUGAUGUACAUUACUGGGGAAAAUUAAGUGUUAUGCUUGUGACAUUUUUGCAUUAUGGUGUGUCCUGCACAGCUUCUAAAAUUCGCACGU